UGAAGUUGUGAAAAUUUCACAGAAAUAUGCGAAACAAAAGACUGUGUUCUUGCAUCAUCCAUUUGUGUUACGCAGUUCAGUAAAAUCCUUAUAACUUGUACAAAAAAUCUGUACACAUUAACAUUAGAACUUGUACACAACAUAUAUACCCUUUGUGUUUUCAGUUAACAGGACACUUCACCAACUAAAAGAAGAAACAGACUUCCAUCAAAAUAAGAAGAUGUGUUAUGAUUGUCAAUGAGACAACUCUCGCAAAGACUCCUAAUGACUUAGAAAUUAACAACUGUGACAUAAUGAGAGCAUUUAAAGAUUUUGAAAUACUGAAAUGACGAGCAUCAGGUAUGGGUCGGAAGAAAAGAUCGAUCUUCUUCAUUUUUUUAUUUGCUUUCACUAUAUUUAUAAUGGGAAUGAUGAGGACAUCCCCGGAAUUUCAUUUAUACAAUCACCAACUGCUCAAGAGUAAGCUAGAACUUGGUCAUGUUCAAAAUAUUUUUGAAAUUUCCCCUUUAGACGACUAUCCUAACGUGCGAUAUAAUGUUAAAGAUAUAAGAAAUAUAGUUCCUGACAUCAGACCAAGAACAGUGAAAACUCCUGAGAUGAAAUUAUUCAAAAAGUUAAACCACGACGUCAUUGUUGGUCUACAGAAUAAAAACUGGACUGAAUGGGGCGACAGGCAUUGUUCUGGAAAUUUCAACAAUUUCAAAGGGUCAAUAAUGUUGAUGAAUAAUGUAAUAAUUGAUCCUUCAAAGAAAAGGAGUGUUGCUAAAGGAGGUGAAGAUAUCCAAUCAGUCAUUGGCCAUACGGAGAAGGAUGAGGAAGUUACCGUUCAAAGUGGAUUUUUCAACAUUCUUUGUAAAGAGCUUCCGAAAGUGACGUUUCGUAAACGAUCUCAUUUUUUUAACUGGUUUUCGGGUAUUUCAACACGAAAAGGUGAUUACGAUGGAAACUCGUACGAUUCUACAUUUACCGUUUUAAUACGACGAGGAGACUAUGCAAAUUUAUACUGGACAUUGAUGGAACUUUUCAAUACGUAUUUGACUAUUCGUUUAUUGGGUGAAAAUCCGAAAACCACUGAUGUCAUAUUAAUGGAUGCACAUCCCGCUGGAAAAUUAGACAAUUUAUGGAGUAUUUUAUUUGGCAACGUAUAUAGGAUAGGACAUAUGCAGAAAAAAAGAUUCCAUAAAAAGCUAGCAUGGGUCCUUCCAGAUGGCCCAAUGUCACAGUAUGUACAAAACAUUCCAUUUGUCGAAGAAUUCAAAUAUGCCUUGUAUCAAGGGGUUCAAAAUUCUUCAUCUCUAUAUCACAAUUGUACUGAAUCUCAAAAAGUAACAUUUAUUUUACGAAAAGACUAUGUAGCGCAUCCCAGAAAUCCAAAGGGAAAAGUGCAACGGAAAUUAUCAAAUGAAAAAGAGAUAAUGGAUUAUCUAGUUCAAAAAUUUCCAAAGGCGCAUAUACAUGCAAUACAAAUAGACCUAUUGCCAAUCGAAGAACAAAUAAAAUUAAUAUAUGAAACUACUAUACUAAUCGGAAUUCACGGUGCCGGUUUAGGACAUACUUUAUUGUUGCGUUCUGGAUCUACCAUGAUCGAACUUUUUCCAUCUUCAUACAAACGGUCCCCUAACCCUCAUUUUCAGCAGUUUGCAUAUUGGGCAGACGUGCAUUAUGAUCGUUGGUACAGCUCCUCGCCAGCACAAAAAAGCAAUGAGUGGGUAUAUGUACAACCAGAGGUACCAUAUAAAAUUAUAAAUCACGCUAUUGAUAGAUUUUGUAAACAUUGAUAUGCUUGAUAUGUAAAUCGAAAAUAUGGCUACACUUGAAAUAUGAUAAAGUGAGCAAAUUGUAAUAUGAUAAAUCAUGUCAAUCGUAUUAAGCUGUUAUAUUUUUUCGAUGUAUUAAAUUUCUAAAUACUAGUA